AUGAGCCGUCAUGGCCAGUUUCGUGCUUCCUUGAAAGCCCUAGGCGCUUAUUUAUUGUCACUCUAUUUCCACUAUCCGAUCUUUUACAACACUUCAGAUGGUCUGACAUAAUAGUACAACGGCUAGAGAAUGUCCCAAGCCGGUAUGGCGGACGAAGAGGUCAAUAUAGAUCCUGCUCUUCCCAUGAUGCCGAGUGGCAAGUUGAUGAGUGUGCAGGGAGCCAUCUUACCUGGUGCUUUUGACCAACACGGCCGCCCCAUCAUCUGCUUCCCUGCAAGGCAUCAUGGUAGUCUGAUGGAACACUUCAAUAGCCAGGACCUUGCCCACGUGGUGCAAUAUUUCAUGGCUAUCACACGGUCCAGUCAGAAGAGGAAUGGUUUUUCCUUCCUGGCUGACCUGACGACUACAGGGCUGCCGGCAGUUCAUCUGAUUGUGGAGACAUUGCAGUUAGUCGAGAUUCGCAGUCCUCGUUCAGUGGUGUGUUUCUACAUCGUUCGUCCAGACAACAAAGCAGCCUGCAAACAGUUGGCCAAACUUCUGGGGGUCAAAACUGCCAAAAAAGGUCUUCAGGUCAAGGGGCUUUGGGACAAGUGCACAAUCGUUGGUGAUGUCGGUGAACUGCAGAACCACAUUGACCCCAGCCAGCUGACCUCUGACCUAGGAGGUUACCUGACCUAUGACCACCAGACAUGGGUGCAGUUUAGAAAGGUCAUAGAAGUGUUCAGUAAAGACACAGACACAGUGUUGGAGAGAGUGCCAGCUGUGAUGAGGCAGCUGCAGGCCUUGACCCACUGUAAAGUGGACGGCACCAUAGAGGAGGCGGAACAAACGGCUGACAACAUCAGCCAGCAGUGUGAGUCUAUCCUACACGCGCUCCAACUCCAGGCCAUGUACGACAGGUGCAAACAGAUCCUGCAGCUGAUGAGGCAUCCCGGUCGUGACCAGGUGUUUGCCAAGGUGGCGCAGAAGCCGGUUUUCCUGGAUGCGCAGGUAGUUGUGAAGGACUGUCACCGGCAGCUGCAGACUGCUCACCAGGCGGUGGAGGGACUGCGUGGGAGGGUGGAGAAGAGGCUGGGGUGGAUACGGGAGCUGGUGCAGUACCACAUCAUUAGUCAGCAGGUGCUUGACUGUUUCAGCAGUGGGGGCCGUCUCCCCCUGGCAGAAGAGACAGGUAUUGCAGAGGAUAUAGCCCAGGCAGAGAUGGCUCUCAUCAACUUCCAGAGAACCUUCUACUCACAAGCAAGGGAUCAGCUGAACCUGUUGGACCACUGGGUGAAGAAAGUGGACCACAUCCUGCAGCAGAGCGUUUGUGAGUCCCCAGACAUACACAACCACCAUGACUGGGUGAAGACAGAACUCACAACACUGCGCACCGCUGUGGAGAAAAAACACAGGUUCUACAAGGGAGUCUAUGAUUUCUACCUGCAGUCCAAGAAGGUUGCCAGAUGGUACUAUAAGGCAUUGAAGUUUCUCAUCCUGGUGGAGGACAAGUUUGCUACUGGGGACAACUACAGAGGAAAGCCUGACCUGAUCCGUGACCACUGGGAGCAGCAGGCACAGUACUUCCUGGGCAGGUACCCCUCCCCCUCCCAACAGAACCUACACAAGGUGCAGGAAAAUGUCCACCUCAUACCGGACAUGAGGCUCCGCAACCAGGGACGACUACUCAUCAACAGAUGUUCAGUGUUGUCCAGACUGCUGCACUCCCAGGGAGGGGUGGCCAGGGCAGACCUGGCACAAGUCCUCCGCUGGAAGGACCAGUUUGAACAGGGUACCGACGACGUCAGCCUGGGACACACCCACAAUCCCACACCCUCCGAGAUCUCCAGCCUGGAUCUGUCAGAUCCUGCAGGACAAAGGAGAAAAGAUAGAAGAGAGACAGACUACUAUCCAGUCAAUGGCAAUUCUAGAAGUUAUGGAGGUUUUCCCAAUAACACUGGGAACCAUGGAGGAAGGGGAGGUCAGCAUUCAGAUGGAUCUGCACCGUUUAGGACCGAUGACAACAAGUUUGGAAUCUACGGGGACUCUGACAGUGAUCCAGACAGCAGUGUCUAUGGUAGAGCUGUGCACACAAUGGAUAAUGUUCCCUCUGAUAACAGGACAUAUGGUGUUUAUGGUGAGGAGAGCGAGGUAGAUGUUAAGAACCCACGUAACGGCUCAGUGGGUGUACCACGAGGAGACCCACAUAAUGGCUCCAUGGGUGUAGCACCCGAUGACUUGUCUGGGGCCCACGGCUCCUUACAUGGAAGGGAGAGCAGGAACAGUUAUGCAGACUCAGGAAUUGGAGCCGUUCAAGGGAACUCCGAGUCUCAUUCCUCGGGAAGCCCGAAGUUCGCGAGUCCACACGGCCGACAAGUUCUGAACAAUGGAUCCAAGUACACCACAAUCACCCUGGACAACGAGGACACUCAUGACUUGUCUGUCAGCAUGUACAGGGAUAUGACAAAGGGGCUGCAGCCUAGAGGUACAGGUAGGAACAGCAAUGGGAACAGCAGAAGGGACAGCACCGGGGACGGCAGACGGAACAGCAGGGAGAGUAGGAGGGCGCGGCAGGACAGCCAUCUCAGGCAGGCUUGGCCAGCAGAGGGGCUGUCAGGUGGCAGCUUCAAUGCAUCAAAUAACAACUCCAACUCUUCUGUGCUGUCACAGGUUGAGGAAGCUGUUGUGACUCUGAGAGACCAGCAGUACAGCCACGAUCACCAGAUCUAUCAAACACUCAGUCAAGCCUACCAGAUGAUCGGGGGCAACAAGCACAAACCAAAGGGUGAUGCAAGUCUGAGAACUAAGAGUCAAAGCAAAGCCAGGAAGCAGGGCCCAACUGAAACUGGUAAAGGUGCACGACGUAAGCUGCCCACGCCUCCACAGCUCAGUGCUGAAGUAGACAGCUCUCACCUCCAUCCACACACCAGGAGAAGCAGGGGUGACGCAGGGAAAAAUGUGAGUAAACCUCACAAGUCAGACCGAAGUGAAGCCGGCCACACGGGUCUGCCAAAGCAGCAGCAGAUCUGGAACGACUUCAAGGCAGUGGACGUUAAACCACAAAACAGACCACAGGCCUCGCCACGUAAGGGACCAAAGACCAGGAACACGAGAAGACGGAGAGAAGACGAUCUUAAGGAUGACACAGAACCAGUGUGGAGGGAAGACAGAGAGCAGCAAGCAGGGGAGAGUGGAGAAGCAGCGACCGUUUGGCCGGAAACGUACGCCAUCUUGGCAGGACCUGAUGACUGCAGAGGAGGAGCAGGAUGAGGUCCAGGAGAGACUCAGACGGGCAGAGCAACUACUAAAGGAGGAGGAAGAUGUUCUGGAGCAGGAGAGACAAAUAGAGGAGCUACUGAGAACCUCGGAGAUCAGCAGUGGGUCAGAGGUCGGCUCAGGCUCUGGGGGUAGGUCAGAGGUCAACUCUGGGGACACAGGUCAGACCCAGACAGAGACACUACCCAGAGUAGGAGCUGAUUUGCCACCUGCAAACGAGGAAGGCAACACUGGAAGUGUAGAUGGAGGAGAGACAGUGACAGGCCACUCACCAGUAAGCACAACAUUGAGCCCACCCACAGACCCAGAAGUGAACACCACAUCCCAACAGAGCA